UUGACAACAGCACCACUCAGGACUAUCUGCACACAGACGCCUGGAGUGUGUCAGCGUAUACGGACUGGAGUUGUGUGUGUGUGUGUGUGUGUGUCUGCCGGCUGGAUCGAUACACCAGCAAUUAGUCAGCUGCAAUUAGUUCCUGUUAAACCAGUCUGCCAGCCAGUCCGAGUGUGUUCAUCUGCUGCUGCUUUUUCCCCGGACAACAGCAGCUGGGAUGUGUGAAUAGGAAGCCCGCCAGGCUCACCCACAGCACCCAGAGGUGUCUCCAAACAUGGACAGGGUAGGGGUGUCAUUCCUGGACCCUUUGGAUGAUUACGAGUUAAUACACCGGAUUGGGUGCGGCACCUAUGGAGAUGUGUUCAAGGCUCGAAACAUCAGGACGUCUGAACUGGCAGCUAUUAAGAUUGUCAAGCUAGACCCUGGUGAUGACAUCACGUCCAUCCAGCAGGAGAUCACCAUGAUGUCGGAGUGCAAGCACAAAAACAUUGUGGCCUACUUCGGCAGCUACCACAGGAACACCAAGCUGUGGAUCUGCAUGGAGUACUGUGGUGGAGGCUCACUUCAGGAUAUUUACCACGUGACGGGCCCAUUAAAGGAGAAACAGAUAGCGUACGUGUGCAGAGAAACCCUCCAGGGUUUGUAUCACCUGCACGAAAAUGGCAAAAUGCACAGAGACAUAAAGGGAGCCAACAUCCUUUUGACAGAGAGAGGAGAUGUGAAACUGGCUGAUUUUGGAGUUGCAGCAGAGAUCAGUGCCUCUGUGGCCAAAAGGAAGUCUUUUAUAGGAACUCCCUACUGGAUGGCUCCAGAGGUGGCUGCAGUUGAGAAGAAGGGUGGGUACAACCAUCUGUGUGAUAUCUGGGCCGUCGGUAUCACCGCCAUCGAGCUGGCUGAGCUCCAACCGCCCAUGUUUGACCUCCACCCAAUGAGAGCGCUGAUGUUGAUGUCCAAGAGCAGCUUCCAGCCUCCAAGACUAAAGGAUAAAACCAAAUGGUCAGCAGGUUUCCAGAGCUUUGUGAAGAUGUCUCUCAUUAAAAACCCUCGUAAAAGGCCCUCAGCUGAGACACUGCUGCAGCAUCCGUUUGUGACGCAGCUCCUGACCCGGAACCUGGUCAUAGAGCUUCUAGACAUGGCCAACAACCCUGAGCUCCACAACACGCACACACACAGCAUGGACGACAACGAGCUGGAGAUUGGGGAAGUGGCUCCAGACAAGAUUCAGUCAGCAGGGAAACACCUGCCUGCAGAGAGGACCCUGUCUGAAGAACAAUUCGACCAAAUGAAGUUUGGGCCUCCACUGAGGAAAGUCACUGAGCCGUAUCCUGAUUUGCAGGGCUCUUAUGAUGACAACUGGAGUAUGUCUGGAGAUGAAGACAACUCGCCGAGCCUGUUGGAAUGUGUGGAGCAAGCUCUACAGCUGAGGAGUUUAACCAUCAGGAGGGCGCCAUCUACUGAUGGAGGGAAGAAGAGUGGCUUGUUCAGUCCGGCUACAGCCUCCCUGCCAGCCUUCAGCUCUUUAACUCCCAGCACGGAGGACAGUGAGCUGACGGUGAGACCCAGCUGCACCCUGGGCCCAGACCCUGUCCUCACUGCGGACUCUACCUCCACUACAGUGUUGGCCAGGUGCUCAGCCACACAGGACAUCAGACAGCGCUGCAGUCUGCCUGUGGAGGACGCUGCAACAGCAGAGAAGAAGAAGGUCGCCACUGUUUCCUCUUCGAAAAGAGAGACACCGCUAUCACCUGAAUGGAGCACACUGAGGAAAAAGACUGAGGACGCUAGGGCUGAUUGUCAUGGACUUCCUCCUACCCCUCAAGUCCAUAUGGGAGCCUGCUUCUCCAAAGUCUUCAACGGUUGUCCUCUUAAAAUCCACUGUGCUGUCACAUGGGUUUUACCCAAGACAAGAGAUCAGUACCUUAUUCUUGGGGCAGAGGAGGGCAUCUACACACUGAACCUUAAUGAACUUCAUGAAGAUACACUAGAGAAGCUGCUCCCUCAGCGGUGCACCUGGCUGUAUGUAAUGAACAACGUGCUGAUGUCUGUAUCAGGCAAGUCUUCCCAGCUUUAUUCCCACAGUCUGUCGGCUCUGUUUGAACAGAGAGGACCACUGCAGAAGAAACACAGCAGUCUGUCACUCAGCACCAGCCGCUUCACUGAGAGGAUCAGCUCCAGAAAGUUUGCCAUAUCUGUGAAGAUCCCCGACACUAAAGGCUGCAGGAGAUGUAGUGUAGCAAGAAACCCAUACACGGACAGUACAUUUCUAUGUGGGGCAGUUCCAUCUGGCCUGGCUCUUCUCCUGUGGUAUGAGCCUCUUCAGAAGUUCAUGCAUCUAAAGCACAUAGCCAUGAGGCUACCUGACUCUCUGCCCAUAUUUGAGCUGCUGGUGUUGGUGUCGGAUGAGUUCCCCCAGCUGUGUGUCGGGGUGAGAGACAGUAGUAACGGGAAGCGCCCAGUCAGCCAGCAGCUCCAGUUUGAUAUCAUAGAGCUGAACAGCACGCCUGUCUCAGCGCCAGAUAGUGGAGCACUCAGGGCAGUACAGGUAACCCAAAUGGACAGAGACACUGUUCUCAUCGCAUUAGAAAAAACAGUUAAGAUAGUGAACCUCCGAGGGCUUCCAUCCAAAGAGCUGGCUGCUGAAAUGGUCUUUGACUUCCCCAUUGAAACUCUAGUCUGCUUACAGGACAGUGUGCUGGCUUUCUGGAAGCAUGGCCUUAAAGGGAAGAGUUUUCAUUCAAAUGAGGUGACACAAGAAAUUACAGAUGAGAGUCGAGCAUUCAGAGUUUUGGGAACAAACAGGGACAUCAUCCUUCAGAGCACACCGACAGAUGACCCCUCAGCACUGAGCAACCUGUACAUCCUGACUGGACAUGAAAGCAGCUACUGAGAGAAAAUGGCUCAACUUCUUCCAAACGCACACUGAAGAGAAAUGCGUAUCUGUUCUAUAACCCAGUGAUGGAAACGGUGUCCUCCUUGCGAAGCUGUAGCAGACACCAGCACCAACUCUCUGCUGUGAGUGACGGAUAUCAGCAUGGAAUUCAGUUGCCCAUCCAGACUCAGACUUAAGUUGUUGGGAAACAUGUACAGGAGAGACUUGUCAACAUGCUAAGUGAGUUUCUAACUCUUGUUUUCAUGUAAAAACAAUUCAUCUUGCCAUCUUAAAUCACAGUGUGACUGCAGCAGUGAAGACAGUUCCAGUCCUGAUGCUUCAGCUCUGCUGCUGUCAGUAUGGACCAUAGACUGUAAUAAAAAAUAAAAAAACAUGGACAUAACAUUUGUAAUAGCACACAUACAUUUCUGAACUGAUGUUCUGAAGCUUGUAUUUGUUUACUGCUUGCUGUCGUCUUGUCAGUUACUGGAACCAGAACAUUUAGUCAGGGACGAGCAAGUUACAAACACCACAGCUGAGUGUGAUAGGCUUGACUCCUGUAAGUCAUUCACAUGAAUAAACCUUAACAACCUGUUAAAGGAAUUGUCAUAAAUUGCACAAAGAUGCACUCUAAAGGAAGGGAAAUAAUUUUAGGUCUUGUUUCCAUUGGUUAAAGUGCUCAUAUUAUGAUUUUUUCCCUUUCAUUUAUUGUGCUAUAUAUCUUUAUUGUGCAUGUUAUAGGUUUACAAAGUGAAAAAGCCCAAAGUCCCCCCCAAAGGGACUUACCAUCUCCAACA